AUUCGCCACAUUCUUAAUUUUGGAAAUUAUUUGAAAAAUGAGAAGGGUGUCGUUUCUAGCGACGAAAGUCGUCAUUAGGAAAUGAGAGUUGGGCAUGAUGGGAUCACUGAGGCGGUGGCGGGACUUAGGAUACUGAAUACUAAACGUUGAAUACAAUAUAAGUUGUUGUGUAGAGAACUACGUCCAAUGAUGGUGGUGGCGAUGUAAUUCAUUUCAUCAGCCCGUUCCCACUCUUAUUGUUAUUAAUAGUUCGAGUCCGAGCACUUUCGCACGUAACACUCGCAGCUCACAGCUCCGAUCAUAGUUCUCGGCCAUCGGCGGCGCUCUAGUUCUAGGUUCUACUAGUCCAAAAUUAGUAAAUAAAGAUGGUGGCAAUCCGUGGGCUGUGUGCAGUAUCGUCAAGCGAAAAAUGUCUGGUAAAAUGAAGUGGAAACGGAAAACGUGCGCGAACUCGACGAAAUAUACGGAAGUCGUGGAGACUUAGCGAUCGAAUUGUUCGUAAGGACGAUAAUAUCGGUGUGUACAGUGUAUCUUUCUCGUAGUUCCCCGGGAGAGGAUAGCAGCCGCAAAAAGAGGAUAAUUUGGCUCCAGAGUUCACCGUAAGAUCGAGAUAAAGAAAAAUGGUGGUCGGCGAGGCGAGUAUACACAACAUAAUGGGAGGAAUGGAGAGCACAGGCGGGGUGCGACUUCACAAUCACAAGCGGAAACUGAAACAGAGGUUCGACAUCAUAAAAAAGCUCGGCCAAGGUACAUACGGCAAGGUACAACUGGGGAUCAACAAAGAAACCGGUCAAGAGGUGGCUAUAAAGACUAUAAAGAAAUGUAAAAUAGAGACGGAAGCCGAUCUGAUCAGGAUACGGAGAGAGAUUCAAAUAAUGUCGAGCGUACAACAUCCGAACAUCAUCCAUAUAUAUGAAGUGUUUGAAAACAGGGAGAAAAUGGUGUUGGUGAUGGAAUACGCGGCUGGUGGCGAACUGUACGAUUAUCUGAGCGAACGGAAAGUGUUGACGGAGCACGAAGCUCGACGAAUAUUUAGACAGAUUGCCACUGCUGUCUUCUAUUGUCACAAGCACAAGAUCUGCCAUAGGGACUUGAAGCUCGAAAACAUUCUGUUGGAUCAGGUCGGGAACGCCAAGAUCGCGGAUUUCGGUCUGUCGAACGUGUUCGACGAGCAACGCCUGCUGAACACAUUCUGUGGUAGCCCGUUGUACGCCAGUCCGGAGAUCGUCAGAGGUACCCCCUAUCAUGGUCCUGAAGUCGACUGCUGGAGCUUGGGCGUCCUCCUUUACACUCUCGUUUACGGUGCCAUGCCCUUCGACGGAUCCAACUUCAAGCGAUUGGUUAAACAGAUUUCGCAGUCCGAUUACUUCGAGCCGAAGAGAUCGUCGCCUGCAUCUCCGCUCAUUAAAGACAUGCUGACCGUAUGCCCGGGAAAGCGAGCAGACAUUGAACGGAUCUGUACCCAUUGGUGGGUGAACGAGGGUUACGAGCAGAAUUGUUUGGACAUUGCCGAAGAUUUGGCGGCGCAGACACCCGUUCGGCUUGACUUGCUCCUCUCCCUGGUACCGCAGUCCGCGAGCGCGGAAAAAUUGGUCGUCGGCGAUCAACAGCCGGCUGGAGAUGUCGCGAACAACGUGUCUUCGGAUGUUCUGGUACCCACCAGGUGCCAUUCCGUUGGUAGUUUGAUGGAGUUAGAUCAAAGCAGUUCCGAUAGGCGGAUCAGAAGAGAGUUGCUCGAGGAAGAACCGAGGACUGCGCCCAUUACGGGAGACGCGAAGAGGAAAUUGGAGACUACGCCAUCGAUGGAUGAGACAGCUGCGGCCGGUGCGAAGAGAAAAGAACGAUCCCGGAGAAAAGAGAAGAGGGACGAGCCAGAGCCGAGAAUGUACAAGUCCGCAUCCAGGCAUCACUCAGCGCCUAUACCUAAUUCGAUUACGGAAGAAGCCAUGGAAGUAGAUCCUACCGUUCACGUUGUCCCUACCUGUAAUAUCGUUGAAUCAAAUAAACCGGAAGCGACGGCUGCCUGUUUAGAGUUGAUCAAAGAAUGUAACGAGAGAUCGCCGAGCAAGGAGCGAAGCAAAACCCCUGUUAUAGUUAGCCAAGAGCAACCGCUCGUGGAUGCGAAUCAGCAGACGAGACGAUUCGAGAGCGAGGCGAGUGAGGAGCCAGGCGAACGAGCGGAAACAGUGCUCGAACGAUCGCAGACAAUUUCCGCGUCUUCGACCGAUCCUUCGAAUGCGGCAUCGUCCAUCGAAAAGGACAAACGGCACGCGAAGGAAUCGUCCGUCCUCGAGGACAAUCGAGACGAUCUCGAGGCGACUCAACGAGAGUUUAAGAAAUUGAAGGAAAAGGCGCUUUCUCUCGACUCGGAAUUGUCAUCAUCGAACGACACGACGCGUGAGCUACCGGCGAAAACGUACGAGAGGAGGCGGUCGAAGAUAUUCGAAACCGCGGAGAAGUUUAAUCAGUUAGCGUCGAACGUGGCAGAAAACGAGAAACCAAAAAAGAUUUUUAUACCUGGUGUAAACGUUGGAGGAGCGAAGCGCGUAUUCGAAAGGAAGGCCAGUCUUUCGUCCCUAACCAGUCCACCACCGACGAAGCCCAGCGCUUCCAAGAUGAUAAUUGAUGUCCCGCCCACGCCGGAUGCCAAGAAGAACGAAAAAUCGGGUGACAAGUCCAAGUCUGCGAGGGAAGAGGAAGAAGAGGCGGUGGCAGUGGCAAAGAAGAAGGAGGAGGAGGAGGCGAGGAAGCAAGCCGUCGAUGUGAUAACUGGCGCCCUCGGGAAACCACGUAUACAGAGAAGAAUUAACAUCCCACCUGUUUCGCCUCCCUCGAGUCAUGAACCGAAGAAGCUUCCAUUGAAGAUACCAGUUGGAGAGAACGACACCCGUUCCGCGACGGUAUCCGUGUCUACGCCCGUCGAAACCAAGUUCUUCGAUGAGAAACCACCGGUUGCCGUCGCUAUCGAGACGCGUGACAAUAAUGACGACGACGAGGACAAACCAACAGUGUCCAGCAAGAUGGAAAUUACGCUGAAGAGUGCGACACUGCCUAGAUCGCGGAAAACGAGCAGAGCUGAGAUUUCUUUGUCGAGCCCGAAGUUGGCUAGAGCUGAGGAUCCCGCCGUGGCGUUCAAGUCCGAGGUCGAGGCUCGGAUCGACGCGUUCCAGCCACAGAAGCUGCGAACUCAACGAUCGGAAAUAGCGUUCCCUGUGCAGGCUGCGAUCCCGCGACCGGAUCGAAGCUCGAGCUUGGAGCCAGAUACCAAACCGAGGAACGCCGCCGCGCCGAAAGAAAGAAUAAUACCGAUACAGGUAGAAGCGGAGCACCGCCAGCAGUGCCGCCGUUCCGUAACUCCACCGCCUGUGAGACCACCGCCGAUGCCUCAGCGAUCGAUUUCGCAACGUUCGGGAUCGCUAUCUCGGCAGUCCACCGCCGAUUCGGACACGGACAGCGCCCUCGGCUCCACCGUUGGUCCAGAGCCAAUUCGCAAGAGUCCUAGGGAGUAUAUAAUUCCUAUUGCAGUGGAGGGCGGCGGAUACGUUACCCCUAGAUCGGGCAGCGUCGAGCCCGAGAGCAAGACCGCCACGCCGAACAGCGCGAACGUUCCGCGGUCCAGCAGAUUUGGUAGACCUCGAAGGAUGAGCUCUCUACUGUCGGAUGCCAGCGAGGACGAGUCCCCAUUCUCCUCGUUGCACAGGGAUAGCGAGGAUCUGCUGCAACGACACAUGCACCGAUUGAGGAGCUCUCGGCCAUCGAGGCAGCCGUCAGAGCACGCGGACAGCUUGUCUUCCGGAGAGGACGACGAUGACGAUGGAUUCGAGUUGUUGACAGCGGAGAACCUCUUUUCCACAUUGCUGUCCAGAGUGCGUAGCUUGACGCAACGACUGAACGUCGACGAUAACCGUACCGCUGGCUUUCCGAGUUCCCGGCUCUUCGGUAGACUAGGAUCGAACUCCUCGCAAGCCUUUUGGGGCCUGAACAAACCAUUGUCUAGCUACCAGACAUACGUCGAAACGAGGACCGUGACUACGCGGUUGUCGGAGUCUCAGUUCAGGCAUUCGUUGAGUCGCGACGGCGACACAUUCGGAAAAAAAGACUCUGCAAAUUCUUCGAACCCGGGGACACCGAACAGUCCGGGAAGCCAAGCCGGCAAUCAUUCGAGGGAGAGCGUGUUCGACAUCGGCAGUAAUACCCUUCCACGAGGUAAAAUAGCGCGUGAAGACGCAGAAGCGGACCCGCUCCGAAUCGGAAGAGAGAUGCGAGAGUCUUUCGAGCAAAGCUUUACGCCGAGCUUGGCCAGACGAUUGAGCAAAACGUUGAUCGAGCAAACUAGGCGAUCCUUGACGAGAUCGCCUUCUGUCUCGCGCGAGAAAGACUCGGUUCCGAGUUUCUUCGUCGAUUCGGCGACUUCCGAAGCCGCCGCAGAUCGAUCGAUCUCCACUGUUUCUGAUCAGACGGAGUACAAGGACCGAACUCCGACCAGUCGCAUCCUCGGAAGAAGCAACAGUUUGUUGGAGCCGACGAUCCACAGGGCUUCUGGUUCUCGCGUGUCGCCUCGACGAAGCGUCAGUCUCUUCGACAAUGACGACCAUCACGACCACGAGGACGACCAUGACAUCGACGGACGGGUCAACGAAGAUUCGGAUCACAGUUCUUCGAGGGAAGUCGGCAGGUGGUAUAAGGAUGCGGGCUGCGGACGGAGUAAGCUUCGGAAAGACAGCUUUCGUUCAUACAGGGCGGAUAAAAUCCAGGAAGAAACGAUGUACGACGGCAAAAGCGAUAACACCUGCUCCCUUUUCGAGUGUGCACCCGCUUCGGUGACCGAUUCGAACGCGAAAUCAUACGAGACGUCACCGACCGAGUCCUCUUCCUCCUCCUGCAACGUAGUCGGCGAAUACAAGUCGCCGUACAAGACGGAUUCGUCGAGGAACUUUGAGAACAGGUUGCUGGCUGCGGAGAAUCUGAUCAAAGAAUCGAAACUGAAGAACUUGGGACCGACGGCUUCGUCGGUGGGUAACAGGAAUUUGAGCUCCAGUUAUCAAGACACGGACAAAUGCGACAAACGAUCAUUGCUUUCAAUCGCAGAAGCGAGCGGGAUCUCCGUCGCCGUCCCGAAACGGCGAAGCUGCAUCCCGAGUCUCGGAUUACGGUCCGGAUCGUUGACGAGAGAGCCGAGUGUGGUCGUUGACCGCAGGAAAUCUUUCGCGGAUUCGCGGGACGCGAGUCUGAUCACGCGAAAUAGCGGUCCGGAAAAAUCCUUACUCGGCAGAAUCUUCAAGACUGCUUCCGGGAAUCGGGAGAGCGACUCGAAGGACAAGGAUAAAGAAAAGGAGAAGGAAAAGGACACGGAGAAACCGCAAAAGUGUAAACAACGACGGAUAUCCCGGUUCCUGCGACCAGACUUCUUCGACACGCCUAGAGAAGAGAGCCAAUAUGCGAAGGAGAAAGAUGAACGGAAAGCGGCGGAAAAUGAACGACGCAAGUCUCGGUUUAUUCGGAGAAAGAGCGAGAACAAGGCUGCGGCGAAUCCGAACAGGGAAGGUAGUGUCGAGCAGGAGAAAAAACGGGAGAAAGAACUGAAAAACGAGAUUAAUUCGUUGAGAAGAGAUCGCCGAUCGCGAGACGAAUCUUGCGAGGAAAGAGCGAACGCGCAGAGGGAAUCGCCGGAGGGAGGAUCAAAAGACGGGUUCCUGCAUUCGCUGGAAAAGAAGUUAGAGAGGCUUCGGUCGAACGAGGAUAACGCGCAACGGAAGAAGCGCGUCGCGAAAUCAACCGCGAAUGGAAGAUGGAAAAGUGAAACUGCGCGAGAACGAUCCGCGCCACCCAUCGACUGCUCUACAAUGAGCGAGCACACCGUCAGCGCAAAAAGAGCCUCCAGCGUCGAAGAACUCUGUCCGCCGAAGAACUCAAAAAAUGGCAAAGCAGUCUCUUCGGUGUUGGGCUUGUUCAAGACGGAUUCGAAGCAAUUGGCGAACGGUUCUCGAUCGCAGAGUACGAUCUUAAGCAGAUUGAAGAAAAGCCCGCCGAAAACUUCCAAGCCCGCGAAACCUGGAGACGAAGAAGCGACGACUCCUGUCACCGGUAGCAGUAGAAUACCGACGAAACUCGAUACCAAGUCGACGAAAAGAAUUGGCGGCAACGGUGAUGCAAAAAGAUCGGACGCAAAGACCGAGUCUUCACCGAAGAGGUCCCCGCCGAAGGACGGGCCGAUCCUCCCAAAGGAAAAAAGGGCGUCGCGGGAAAGAGAGCCAGAUUCUGGAAAACCUAUCUCGGAUCGAGACAUCGAGGAGCGAAAUGGCAACGAUCGCGAGGAAAAGGAAGGAGCAUCGAAAGCGGUGAAGAAAUCGGUGGACAAGAGCCGAAAGAAGGUGACGAGUCGAACAUCGCUAGACAACGGUUCGUCCACGGAACCGAGUAAGCUCGAGGAUGACGAAGCGGAAAAGAAGGCGAAGAAGUCGGUGAAAAAGAUCUCCGCCGAAUCUUCGGAAUGUAACGACUCUCGAGACGGCGUCAAGAAGAAGAAAGUCGUUCGCGCGGUGAGGAAGAUCACGAAGAAAUCCGUCGAUUCCGCCGCAGUUAUUAACGAUCGCGCUAACGCGACCGCGGAAGAAAAGGACGCAAAAGUGAAAGUGGUAAAAAAGAAGGUGACCGGUAGCAAUGACGAGGAAACGAACGGUAUUUCUAAAUCGAAAGAGAACGGGUUCGACGAAACGGAGGCCGCUGCUACGACGGUGGAGGAAAACCGAUCGACCGGGGUUGUCGAAGAAUCUCAACGGGGCAAUAGAAGCAACCUGAAGCUCGACUUAUCCAAGAUACCUCAGCACUCGUUUAGGAAUAAAAAGGACUCGCCCAAGUCGGAUUCGCCAAAGAAUCCCGGUAAGGACGUCGUCGCUUCGAUUGAUGAGGACGUCCCCGACAAGUUGACGGAGUGUCUGUCAAAGGUAACGCAUCACGCCAGCAUCACCGGCAACAAGAUAAUCAUCGACAAGCCGUUGCGCGCCCGAGACGUGGCAGAACUGAAGAAGGAAGUGGCCGAAUGUGCCAGAAUCAUCGAAGAAUGCGCGCCACAGCCACAGCCGAGACUCGAGCCGGGCACCGAAGAGACUCUCAGACAAUCAAAUCAAACUACUAAAUCAACCGAUGACGAGCAGUUGACAGAUUCGAAGAGCGACAGCAUCGUCGCUCCGAAGCUACCUUCGGUUCAAUAUCCGAACGAGCUUCUGUCUCCGGACGAACCGGAGAGUUUCGAUUCGUGGUCGGUCAGCUCGACAGAGUUGAGAACCGACUUGCACUCACCCACGCACUCGCUGUACGCUGGGAUCAGGAAUGACGACGGGAACUCAGAAUCGGUGAUUGACCGCAUUCGCAGGCGAAGCUUCUAUACUCGGUUCAACGAUCGGCGAAGACCAUCUCUGACGGCCCCUCCGCCGGGUGUCGGUCUUCCGCGAAAAUCAAGCUUUACCGGACAUUGGGAUCGCGCCAGCGGCAAGUACGGAACGACGACGAAUAGAAACUACGGCACGUAUGAUCGAGCCGGGGCAGUUGGUCGCAAUCGGUCUCUUGAUCGUACGGUCUAUACUUCGAUCGAUCUCAAGUCGCCCAACGAGCGCCUCUCUUCCUCGUACGAUCCUCUCGGGAGGUACCUCAGAUCGCCCACCUUCGACCUCUCGCCUUCCAGAUCCAGAAGGUACCACAGCGUCGACUUUUCCGGGGAUCCUGAUCCGAGUUACAGAUGUUCGUUCGCGAGUUCAUUGAACGAUACUUUUGGGUACUCUUCUCUCCCGAGAAGAUACGGAACGGAACCGAGAACGAUCGAGUAUUAUGAGGAAUUGCUGGCACCCAGCACCGGUGACUAUCUACCGGCGAGGAGGUCGCCGAUAUCCGCUGAAUAUUCGAACGGGUAUCGUCGCGACGGAAGCUUCGAGUCGGCCUCUAAUCGAAAAUCUACUACAGAGAAUCCUUCUGCCGUUAUUCUCGAGACAACUCCGAUCGUCUCCUGCGACGAACGGCCAGUGGAUCAUAGAAGGAGCACCGAAGCGACCGAAACGAAGCAUUCGCCGACGACAGAUGUAACGACCGGUUAAGCGGAUCCCAUAAGCGUUUUCGUUUUCUCAGCGCGUGCUAACGAGAUGGAUUCGGAUCAUCGAUUAACUUUAGCGAAGCACGACUGCCAGGAUCGGAUGCUGUACGGUUCGAAGAAUCGUCGAAACAGCGAUUCGAAAACGUUCUCUUUCGAUCGUAUGAAUCUUCUAGUCCGUUAACUUAGUCGACGUAGGAUGUUAGUUAAAAUCGAGACUGCCCGCAUCGAUGACGCGACGAUCCAGACUUUGGCGCACCAGCUUCCUUCAAGCAUCGACGACGACGAUUGUCCUAAUCGCCGCGUGUUCCUUAUGGUCGCGUCGUCACGACCACUCCUCGAAUCAAUCUGUCCAAAUUUUCUGUUUCUUUUUUCUCGCGCGCAAUACGCGAAUGUUUGAUACCGAAACUAAUACCAGUUCUCUACAGUUACUAUUAUUAUUACUCUUGCCGUAGCGAUAUUAUAGUGUUCGCUGAUAAAUACAUACUACUGCUAUCGUAGAUGGCAGAAUUCGAAUCUGUACGAUGAUUACGAUUAUCGUCGUCGUCGUCGUCGUUAUUAUUAUUGUUAUUUUUUAUUAUUAUUAUCGCGUUAGUAUGUAUAACAGUGUGCGUAAUUAGUAUUUUCCACUAUUUUCUGUUUUGUCUGUGAGCAAUCGUGAGUUACUUAUCUCGAUUAUAUACGGGACGGCCUAGGUAUCAGUUUUACCUAGUUUCGACCCCUCCGAGACACGUAGAGUUCGUCAAAAGGAUUUUUUCCGCGGUAUAUUUAUAAUGGUAAAUGCGACGUUUUGUCGCGGUUGACACGGAACGUUGCGACGACCAUCGGUUAUUGCUGGAAAUAUCAGAUUCGUUUUCGCUAGCCCCGUCCAUCGGUCUGUCGUUUGUCGUGUAUGCGUUUUCUACUGGUGUUUUCCAUAGACUUAUAUACUAGACUGCGCGUGUCCUGAGAGAAGUUGAAGUCUACAUUAAAGUGAGAGGACAAUAGCUGGAGCUGGGUGUAUGUGUCUCUCUUUAAUCUGCCAAAUUGUGGAGGCAAACUACGGGCAUUUAUUUAUACAUGUAAAAGUCUAUGAAAUUGUUGCGUUUAGUAUUCAGGUUCAGAGCGGAUAUUUGAUGAAGGAUUUUUGUAUACUGUUAGAUACUUUAUAAAUGAAUAAACGUGUAGCGAUAUAUAAGUAUAAGUAAAUUACUUAUAAUUUAUUUAGUUUUUAAUAAUCAUUUGAACCCGAACUUGAAAUGCAGCAAUUUUAUAGACAUUCAUGUAUAAAUCAGUGCCCCUACCUUGGCCCCAUCAUCUGGCAGAUGAGAGUCUAUGGUGUUUUCAAAUAAAAUCAAGCUAUUCGUUGCAA